AUGUCGGAGGUAAAAAAUAGCCAAAGCAACAGCGGCACUAGCAAGAGUUCAUCGUCGUCGCUCAUCACUAAACCGGCUAAUUUAGAAUGCAAAGAUUUGGAAGAAUAUCUUAAAUCGCGACCACCUGAAGUCCUCGAAAAGCUGUACAACUAUCCGGCUAUUUGUUUAGCGGUGUAUCGAGAGCUUCCCGAGAUAGCGCGUCAGUUCGUUAUACGGAUUCUGUUCGUUGAGCAACCUAUUCCACAAGCGGUCGUCUCCUCGUGGGCAUCACAAGUCUACGCAAAGGAAAACACAUCUGUCUCGCAGGUGCUCACCGAGCUUGGUGUAUGGCGCAGCGCAGCCUAUCCGGGCGGGUUGGCAGCUUGGGAGCUGUGCCCGACGUUCAAGAAGAACCUGAAAAUCGCACUCCUGGGAGGCGGGCGCCCGUGGUCCAUGUCGAACGCGCUGGACCCGGACCAGAAGUCGCGCGACAUCGACUUCCUGGACACGUACGCCAUGUCUCGGUGGCGUUGCGUGCUGCACUAUAUGGUUGGUGCCGGUAGCUCCAAAGGGAUGGAGGGUGAAGGCAUUUCACCGGAUGCCGUGCGCAUUCUACUACAUGCCAAUCUCAUGAAACGAGACGAAACUGACGGUAGUCCGGUCAUUACGAGGCAAGGCUUCCAGUUCCUGCUGCUCGACACACAAGCACAAGUGUGGCAUUUUAUGCUGCAAUACCUCGACACGUGCGAAGCACGUGGUCUUAACCUGCCCGAGUGUUUGUCGAUGCUGUUUCAGCUCAGUUUUAGCACGCUCGGAAGGGAUUACAGUUCCGAAGGGCUGAGCACAGGUCUACUCACUUUCCUACAGCAUCUGCGAGAGUUUGGACUCGUUUACCAACGGAAGCGCAAAGAAGGGCGCUUCUAUCCGACGCGCCUAGCGCACAAUAUUACCUCGAAGAAUGCAUCCCACGCGACAACUCUGGCACAGGAUCAGGAAUCAGAUGCCACCAAGGAUAAAGGGUACAUCAUUGUCGAAACGAACUAUCGCGUGUAUGCGUACACCGAUUCUAAUCUGCAGGUCGCACUGCUCGGACUGUUCACCGAACUGCUGUACCGCUUCCCGAAUCUGGUGGUCGGUGUACUAACACGCGAUUCCGUCAGGCAGGCGUUCCGUGGCGGAAUAACGGCGGAACAGAUCAUCAGCUAUCUCGAACAGCACGCGCAUCCAACGAUGCUAACCGUCGAGCAGACGAUCAACAGCAAAUCAUCACUGCCACCGACCGUAGUCGAUCAAAUAAAGCUGUGGGAAAACGAGCGGAAUCGUUUUACCUACACCGAGGGCGUGGUGUACAAUCAGUUCCUUUCGCAGGCCGAUUUUAUCACCCUUCGUGAUUACGCACAAUCUAUCGGGGUGAUGAUAUGGCAGAACGAACGCAUUCGUACGAUGGUCGUAACGAAGAAUGGCCAUGACGACGUGAAGAAGUUCUGGAAGCGCUACUCCAAGGGUGGUAGCUAG